UACGAGUCGUUUUUUUGACCCAAACAAGCGCCGGUGGCCAGCUGCGUGCUUCUCCUUCUUCCUUCCUUUCCCAUUUCCCCUUCUUCCCCCAUUUCCUUGCCUAUUCCUCCAUUCCCUUCUUCUAUGUCGUUGAAUUAAUCGAAUUGGAUUCCCGGCAUUCAAAACCCAUUUCUUCAAUUCUCGAUUCGGAGCUCCUAAAUGCCUCCAUCGCCGGAAUUUCGCGGAAAAUAGCGCGCUCGAGGAAGGGCUUCGCGCCUCGUCUUUCUCCGUGCGUGUGUGUAAUUUCUGGUGUUCGUGGUCUCUCUUUCUGCUCGUUACUCCGAUUGAUUCUCUCCCGUCUCCGGGGAGGGCGGCCGUCGGGGUAUCUUCUGCGUCUUGGGCUUUUCUUCUGGAGGUUAGGGUUUGUCCGCGCGUGUGGGAAAAAUGAAGUCCCCGCUCGGUAAGUUCCGGGGAUUUAAACUCCACAAAAGUGAUUCGAAAGAUAAAAGGGACUUCCUGCAUCCAGCUCACUUAGAUGAGCUCGCUCAAGCUGCCGAGGACAUGCAGGAUAUGAGAAACUGCUAUGAUAGCUUACUUUCAGCAGCUGCUGCAACAGCAAACAGUGCUUACGAAUUCUCGGAGUCACUGCGGGAAAUGGGGACCUGUUUGCUGGAGAAAACUGCAUUGCACGAUGACGAAGAAAGUGGCAAAAUUCUGUUAAUGUUGGGGAAAGCACAAUUUGAACUUCAGAAGUUUGUUGAUAACUACCGGUCUCACAUAUUCCUGACAAUUACAAAUCCAUCUGAAUCUCUUCUAAACGAACUUCGGACAGUUGAGGAUAUGAAAAGACAGUGUGAUGAGAAAAGGAAUGUUUAUGAAUAUAUGGCUGCCCAGCAAAAAGAAAAGGGAAGGUCAAAGAGUGGAAAAGGCGAAAGUUUCACUAUGCAGCAAUUACGAUCUGCUCAUGAAGAAUACAAUGAAGAGGCAACAUUGUGCAUUUUCCGGUUGAAAUCUCUGAAGCAAGGGCAGUCCAGAAGCCUGUUAACUCAGGCUGCUCGUCAUCAUGCAGCUCAGUUAAAUUUCUUUAGGAAAGGGCUGAAGUCCCUUGAGGUGGUCGAUCCACAAGUAAAACUAGUUACCGAACAACAUCAUAUUGAUUACCAGUUCAAUGGACUGGAAGAUGACAGUAGGGAGGAUGGUGAGGACGAUGCUGAAGCUAUUAAUGAUACCACUGAAGGCGGGGAACUAAGUUUUGAUUAUAGACUAGAUAAUAAGAAGCGUUAUGAUACUUUGCCUUCAAGGAGUUCAAUGGAGGUGAGGGACCUGAGGUUACUGACGUUCCUUUUGGCUGUUUGGGAUUUGAUUUCAAAGUUGAACCCAGACAGAAACCACGGAGAUUUACCAAUCUCAAGUAGAGAACCUAAGUCAGGGAGUCACUCUGCACCAAUUUUCCCUGAAAGGAAGUUCGAUCCAGGCGAAAGAAUAAGACAAAUGCAACACUCGCCAAGGAAGAGCAACAAUGCUUACGUGCUCCCCACGCCAGGCGAUGCCAAAUUUGCAGUCUCUUCCCGAACAAGCACUUCAACUUCACAGACAAAGUCAACAACAGAUUAUGGUAUGCGGGCUCCUCUGUGGCAUUCUUCCCCACUGGAUCAAAAGAGGCCCGAGAAAGAUCCUGGAGAGAGCAAUGGUAGUAGUAAUCCCUCCACCACCCAGUUGCUGCCUCCUCGAUUGUCAGAGGGAAUCUCAUAUGAUAACAACAAGGGAGUAAGACAAGCUUUCUCAGGCCCAAUAAUUGGCAAGAGCAUGCCGACGACCAAGCAAGGUGUUGUUACAUCUCCAAGAGUAUCGCCAACAGCUUCGCCGCCUCUGUCCUCUCCCAAGAUCAACGAGCUUCAUGAACUCCCUAGGCCGCCUGGCAUUUUGGCUGGGAAACCGGUCAAACCUACAGCAUCCAGUGGCCACUCUGCUCCUCUUGUUAGGAAUAAUGAGCCUUACGUGGUUCACCGGCAUUCUGGUGGUGGGACUACUUUGGCUUCCCCUCUUCCCAUACCACCAUUAUCAGUUUCCAGGAGUUUCUCGAUACCUUCUAGUAGCCAGAGAGCGAUGAGUAUUAAGAACAAGGGUGGAGGAGAGGCUGAUUCUCCGCCACUUACACCGCUAUCACUUGCGAAUCUUAAACUGGCAGCCGCAGUGCCUGACGUAUUCCCUCGUGCUGGCCAAAUUAGAGGUGGGAGCUGAUGAGCGAGGGCACAAAGGUUGUACCUUUCGCCUCAUUUGUUUUGUUUCUUUUGAGGGAUGAGUUUAUGGUAUGGUGGAAAGUGACAAUUUCUGAUAGGGUCUCUCAACAUUCAUCAUGAAGCUCUGGAUACUGUAAAUAUGGUAUGGGAUGGAAGUGAACUGCCACUACGCUAUUUACUUUACUAUUACUCCUACCACUACUACUAGUAGUUGUAAGCAGAAAUGUGAAAUCCCACGAAAUUUUCUUCUUUGAACUGUCAGAGGGUUUGAUUUGAUUAUGCUGGAGAAUGAAGCUCUCCACAUAACGUUUCAUUUCUUUGUAACUCGUCGUCAGUCUCUGUAUAUUGUUUGAUUUUUGGGGGGAUUUUUUGGUGACUUGUUAGAGGGGUUACCCCCACUUUGCUGUCUAACUGAGCUCAAUCAAUAGAAUCAAAUUUUCUCUACUUGUUUGCUCUUUACUCGUGUGGAUCAGUGAACCUACGCGAGUGAUUGAUAUACGAAUC